AUGCAAGGCAUCAAUUCAAAACUCCAUGGUAGGCCAAUUAAAGCAAAGUUGAUGGGCAAGGCUCGCAGAAGUGAGAAAAUGCUUGAUCGGAGUAGUUUGUUGAUUCGAGAAAACGGUCACGGUGAGUUAGCCAGCGAAGCAGAGGCCUUGGCUGACAUGCAUGUUCUCAGCUUUUCUGUGUAA